CGAUCGUGUGGUGAUCGCUGAGGUUUCUUUCUCUUGCAGCUUUUGUUUCGGAGACAGAGGAACACCCGGGAGGAAGCAAGACGAAAAGACGACGCCCGUCCAGGCCUGGAGGAUGGCUAUGGCGGUACGCGCAACAGCGGCGGGGCGGAGAAUGGCGGCGUCGCUGCUCAUCGCGGCUGCGCUUCUGGGAGCAAUUGUAUGUGCGCAAGAUGUUCCGCCCGAAGCCCGGAUCGAAGCCUUCAAGUACAACGGCGCGGGCUGUCCCCAGGGUACCGCUGUGGGAGAAAUCAGCCUGGACGGACUGGUGCUUACGCUGAAGUUCAGCGAGUUCGGCGUCGCGACAGACCAGCAGCUCGUUGGUAAACGCAAGGCCUGCCAGAUCAACAUCAAGGUUAAUAUUCCGGCUGGCUGGAAGUACCGCUUGGACACGGUCAGACUCCGGGGCUACGCAGGACUCGAUGCUACGGUAAAAGGCCUCCACAAGGUGUUAUAUUACUUCACGGGGGAGCCUGGAAACAGUUCGUACUCUAUCCAGACGGAAGGGCCGAAGGACGACAACUACGAAUAUUCGGGUGCCUUCGACAAAGAGCUUUACAGCGAUUGCGGCGCAAGCAGAAACCUCAAUUUCAAGAUCGAGGUUCGGGUCAACAAUGACGCCGACCCUGCCGCUCAAGGAAUGAUCGACGUGGAUACGGCGGACUCUCAAGUUAUUUUCAAACCCUCGCAAGCGCUUUACUCGAUCAAAUUCGCGCCGUGUUAGAGAGCUUCACGUCACGCGAGCCGAACCGGCGCUUAUCUCGAACAGAGGGGGAACAAAGCUGCUUGCCUUGUCUACGCAGGUGGCCACCUACAGACAGAAACGAGAAGAGAGCGCAMAAGUGAGARAGGAGACGCGAUUCCCUUUUCAAGGUCGAAUUCAAGCAGUGGUGGCCUUUCUUGCACAGGCGAUAAUCGCUCAGAGARGGRAACAAAGCUGCUUGCCUUGUGUGCGCAGCUGGCCACCUACGGAUAAAAAUCGAGGAGAGAGCGCAGAAGUGAGAGAGGUGAUGAGAUCUUGUGUGUGGUGGUCGAUCUUUCUGAUGAAGAUAGGGAGAAUCUCGGGUGUCCAGUGCACUGACCAACUGAGAAGAGGAGAGAGCUGAAAAUUGAGUAAGAUGAGAAUCAUGAGAUCAAACUCUGUGAAUAGGUCUGUCUGAUAGAGCUAGGUGGCUGGAAAGUUUACGGUUCGUCAUUUGCUCAGUUAGAUAACGACGAAGAGUCGAAGACAGGUUUCUAGCCUGGGUUCGAUGAGCCCUUUUUGAAGGCUUCAAGGCUAGUGACGCCUAGGGAAUACCGGACAGAGCAUCACGCUGAGCACUUGAUUUCAUCGGUCACCUUCUGAUUGACGCGUAAGGUUCUAACAACG